AUGGGGGUGUCCUUGGUGAUUCUCUGCCAAGAGGGCACACUCUGGCAGGGGCUCCUGCUCACAGCCACACUUUUAGGCUGCUGCCUAUCCACCACUGACUAUAUCACCGUUAAAUCUGUCCCACCCGAUGUGGCCAGUGGAGAAGAUGUCCUUCUCCAUGUCCACAAUCUGCCAGAGGAUCUUCUAGCCUUCGCCUGGUUCAAAGGGGCAACAAGCAUGAAGCAUGGAAUUGCAGUAUAUGCGCUGAACAAAAAUUUAAGUGCGACAGGGCCUGCACAUAGUGGUAGAGAGACAGUGUACCACAAUGGAUCCAUGCUGCUCCAAAGUGUCACCGAGAAGGACACAGGAUUCUAUACCCUACGAACCUUAGACAGACAUGGAGAGAUUGUGUCAACAACAACCAUGCACCUCUAUGUGUACCAGACCAAGGCCAGGACACGCAGAGUGCAGCCCCAGGGCCAGCUGCUAUUUUCUCAUGUCACAGCUUUCCUUUGGACCUGCGGGCGCCUUGAUACUUCUGCCCAGCCCACUGUUGAAUCAGUGCCACCCAGGGUUGUUGAAGGAGGAAGUGUUCUUCUACUCGUUCACAAUCCACCAGAAAAUAUUGUAGCCUAUAUCUGGUUCAAAGAGAUGACUGUGUUCAGGAAAGUUGAGAUUGCCCAAUAUAUAAUAGAUAGGAAAUCAACUGUGUGGGGGUCAGCAUACAGUGGUCGAGAGACGUUGCACAGUGAUGGAUCCCUGCUGCUUUAUGGUGUCACUCAGAAGGACUCUGGAUUGUACACCCUACGAAUCCUGAGAACAGACAUGAGAAGUGAAGAGACACAGGUGCAACUUCAGGUCCACACUUCCCUUUCUCUGUGCUGCAACCCUCUCGCUUCUUCCCGGUUCAUGAUCCAAGCGGUGCCUCUGUAUGCUGCUGAAGGGGAAGGCAUUGUUCUCCAAGUUCAUAAUCUUCCACAAGAUCUGCUAGCCUUUACCUGGUACAAAUCAAAGAAUAACAUCCAGGUCCUUAAAAUUGUAGAAUACAGCAGAGCCAUGAAUUCCAUCUCCUGGGGGCCUGAAAGCAAAAGAAGAGGGAUGAUGUUAAGUGAUGGAUCCCUCAUGUUCCAGGUCACUGAGAAAGAUGCAGGAAUGUACACACUAGAAGUUUUAAACAAAGAUUUCAAAAUUGAAAGAGCAUACGUGGAAUUUUAUGUAAAGAAGUCUGUGACACAGCCCUUUGUGCGAAUCAGUGACACCACAGUUGCAGGACAUAGAUCUGUGGUCUUCACCUGCAUUUCACCUGACACUGAUGUCUCCAUCCGUUGGAUCUUCAACAACCAGAGUCUGCAUCACCUAGAGAGGAUGACUCUGUCCCCAACAAAGUGUGGACUCAGAAUAGAUCCUGUCAGGAGUGAGGAUGCUGGAGAAUACAAGUGUGAGGUCUCCAACCGAGUCAGUUCAAAGACCAGUCUCCCAGUCACCCUGGAUGUGAUGAAUGAGUGACCUCACCUCUCAUCCUACAGCAGAGUGGGGGGGCAUUUCUUUCUUUCUUUCUUUCUUUCUUUCUUUCUUUCUUUCUUUCUUUCUUUCUUUAAA